GAGAUGACCCAUUCCUGGCCUCCUCCUCUUACUGCUAUUCACACUCCUGGCAAGGCUGAGCAAACCAAGUUUCCUAUCCCAAGCAAGGACUCCCAACAUCUGACCUCAGGAUACAAUGUACAAAAGUGGAGUGAUCCAGCAGGGAAAGUUGCAACUAAGUCAGUGCCACAAAAGUCAAUGCUUGAGGAUGAUCUGAAACUCAGCAGUGAUGAAGAUGAAAAUGAACAGGCUGCUGAAAAGACAAAAUUGAGAAACAUUCCUGUAAACAGCCUGCCAGCGCCAGCGGCACAUGCAGCCAGCUUGGCCCAUUCCAGCGGUGGUUCUGGGAGCUCCAGCGAGUCCGAGAGCAGCUCUGAAUCAGACUCUGACAGCGAGAGCAGCUCCAGUGACAGCGAGUGCAACGAGGAGUCGCGCAGUGCCACGCCAGAGCCUGAACCUCCCUCAACAAACAAAUGGCAGUUGGAUAAAUGGCUAAAUAAAGUGAACCCCCACAACAAGACCAUCAUCAACAAUCAAAAUGAGCCUCACAGCGAGACCAGCUCCCAGGCCCAGAGCAACCAGCAGCCCGAAGGGCCAAACAAAGGGAAACUCAACAGCAGCCUGCCCCCGACCGAUUCCAAAGACCGGGCAAUCCUUAGUCCCAUCCGAGAGAAAGCCAAACCACGGGUUGCCCAGAAAACCCCAGAGGCAAAAAGCUCCAAGCAGAAGUCACCAGCUCAUAAUGAGCCAACUUCACAAAGGACUACUGGGAAAAAGCAACCCAAAAAGGUAGAAAGGACUUCCAGUGUAGAAGAGUAUAACUGGCCCAAACCAAAUAAUACCAGCAACACUCCCAAAGAAAAAGACACACAGGAACCCCCUGAGCAGCCAAAGGUUCGAACUAAAGCAGCAGUUGGGAAGACCGCUCCAAGGAAAGAACCACGAACUAGCACAGGUCUCACUUCAGAGAAGAAAAAGUACAGAGGCCCCAGCAAAAUUGUCCCAAAGUCCCGGGAAUUCAUUGAAACAGAUUCAUCUACUUCUGACUCGAAUACAGACCAGGAGGAGAGCUUGCAGGCUAAGGUAUUGCCAGCUUGCCCUGGGUCUGGCAAUGGUGUCAAAGUGAAGGACUCUGGCAGUAACAUCCUCAGCGUAAGUAGUUUAACUAGCAAUGGCAGCAACACAUCCAUUGACCAGACCAGCAAUGACUUGGAGGAGCAGCUCUUUUCUCCUAUCCCAAUUGUACAAAACGAACUUCUGUCCCCACUGAGAGAAUAUGAAGAACUCAAAUCUCUGUGGGUGAAAAUAGACCUUAGUUUACUCUCUAGGAUACCUGGACAAGAGCCUUUUGAGACCACGUCUGUGAAAAGUGAACCAAGAGAGGCAAAUGUGAAACACAGGCGACCAUCUCGAGAGUCCCCUACCCCAGCAGCUGAAAAACCACCCACAAAAUCUAAAAGGAAACACAAGCAGACAGAAAGCCUGGAUACCUUUGUUGAAAGCAAGAAGCAGCGCCUGGAGGACCCUUCAGCUUCAUGCUUGCUCCCACCUUGUAUCUCUCCGAUACCGAAUCACAGAUUAACCAGCACUAAAGAGAGCAACAGUAACUCAGUGAAGAAGGUGGCAAAGAAAAGAGAUGAGAAGCUGUUCCCUCCUCCACUAUCUCCCCUCUUGGACGAGCCUGUGCACCGGCGGCACAGCAGUGACAACAGCUCCUUCAGCCAAGAGACCACCAUCACAAACACCUCUCAGACCAGCAGCUCUUCCUCUUCUGUUUCUAAACACAGAAAGAAUGAAAAUAAAUCCUCUUCUAACCCCAAAGGAAUCUGUGAGGAAGAAUCUCACAAUACACCAAUAGCCAACCCUCUUCUUGACACCAGCCAUCUAGAAACAGACAUCUGGUCUGCAAUGCCAACACUUUCCAAUGGGAAUUCUGAGCCCAGAAGACCCAAAAUAACAUUUGAUGAUGUGCUUCACAAUGCGGAUUAUUACAUGCAAGAGGCUAAGAAGCUGAAACAUAAAGCAGAUGCAUUGCUGGAGAAGUUCGGCAAAGCAGUGAAUUAUGCUGAUGCUGCCCUCUCCUUCAUCGAGUGUGGGAAUGCUAUGGAGCGAGAUCCAUUAGAAGCUAAAUCUCCAUACACCAUGUACUCAGAGACUGUGGAACUCAUCAGGUAUGCAAUGAGACUCAAGAAUUUCACAGGCUCUUCUGCCACGGAAGGGGACAAGAAAUUAGCAGUUUUAUGCUACCGAUGCUUAUCACUUCUCUACUUGAGAAUGUUUAAACUAAAGAAGGACCAUGCUAUGAAGUACUCCAGAUCUCUGAUGGAAUAUUUUAAGCAUUGUACAAGGUGCUGCACAGAUGUGAAAGGCAGAAUGAGUAAGCAGAACUCUUCAAAAGCCUCACAGGCCCCCUCACCUUGGGGCGGCAAUGGAAAGUGA